AUGUCAGAUCCGACUCUCAAUGCUCAUCAACAAGUCUUUAGACUCUCGCUUUUCGCCAAUAUAGUGAGAGAGAUAAAAGGAGACCUGGACAGUAUACAAAUAGAACUCGAGAACCGUUUGCCUGUGGCCGUGAACCAGGUACCGGGCUGGAAGGUCGUGUGGGGACCAGUGGCGUGGAAGCAUAAGCCAGACGAUACCAAAACUGGCGCCGAUCACGUCUCUUUCGUCGCAAGACAUCCAAACCUCGUGUAUUCCAACGGAGAGGAAAAGGAGACAUACGUCUUUGCCGUCGCAGGAAGCGUGUCAGAGUACAACUGGGUCAUCAACAACGCUCGCGUUGAUUCCGUAGUUGAUCUUCACAAGUGGCUCGAGAAGGGUAUCACCACGGCCCCCAAGCGAGAUCUAUCUCCUUCACUCGGCAAUGCGUAUAUCUCGUAUGGAACCGCAGUUGGGGUUUACCGGCUGGCUACAGCUGUACCACCCAAAACGUCGGGUAGCCCUGGGGUCGAACUCGCCAGCUAUUGGGCGGGCUUCCCAGAGUCGCCGAAUACUAGGGUUAUAUUCGCAGGUCACAGUCUUGGCGCAGCGCUCACUUCCACCCUGGCCCUCUCCCUCCUCGAAUCCCGGGCAUUCGCUAAAUUCCCGGCUUCGAAUAUAUUGGUGUACCCAUCGGCAGGCCCGGCCGUAGGCAACAUCACGUUCGCAAGGCUCUUUGCCAAAAAGUUCCCCAAAAUCGCGGGCCCGCGCUACGAAGUCUGGAAUUGCAUGAUAGUCAAUCGUCUCGAUCCUGUCUCUCAGGCGUGGUGCAACUUGAAGCUUAUAUCCCCCGAACAAAACCUGGAUAAUAUCCCCACGCUUUAUGGCGAGCCGAUCAAGGAGAUCGUAUCGGGUGUUAACAUGGGGAAAGUUUUGGCCGCGUUGUCCACGGUCACCUAUAUGCCCAUUCAGGCCGUACGGUUCCACGGAGAUCCCCCCGCAACUUCGCCCAGCACCCAGAAAGAAUUCUUCGAUAUUGUUUGGUACCAGCACUUGGAAGAGUACUUGAAGUUUAUCGGAAUCGAUGCACCCGAAAGUCAAUUGCUUGUCAAAGAUGCGGGUGUUGGCAAGAUGUCGAACGAGGAGGUCACCUCCUGCGAACCAGUUAUUGCCGAGUUAUUCGUCCUGCCCAAGACUCAGGAAGGAGCCGUUGAUGCGACCGAAGACUACAAGUCGCUUCAAGCACUGAGCGUAGACGUCGAUAAGUAA